GACACUUGAAAGAAAAGGAAGAAAAUAAUAAAUAAAAAAAAAAGAAGAAAAGAAAAGCUAUAAAGUAGAGAAAACGUCGUCAACUAUGCAGCAGCAGCGUAUUUACAUCUGUAACGUUUCGAUCUACUCGUAGAAACUGCGAGGAGAUCAAAACGAAUGUUGAGAGAUGUUUCGAAAAAGAACAAGACUUACAUCACAAGUAUGGACAGUCAUUUUUCUGCUGCUCUUCAACGAUGCACUAACUCAAACAACAGAAUCAAUUGCCAAAAUAUCAGCAGAAGAACCGUCAAAACUUACGACACGAAGUCGAACAGUUUUACGAAAGUUUAUAGAAGAUAGCAGAACAAAAAUUUCAAAUGAUGAGAAACACGACUCCAUUUUCACAAACUCGACAAACUUUCAUGAUGAAAUUGAGAGAAGCUCAACUCAUGAGAAAUCAAAACAAAAAGACUCAAACAACGAGUCCAUCAACAACAACGAGGAGAAAAUAGAAACGGAACCAUCACUGAAAACUUUUGAUUCCUUGGACCGUACAACUUUAGCAGAUCCAAUCCUGAAAUUAAAACUGUCGAAAAACAAUGUCAGCGAUAAGACUUCAAAACUUGUUCCAGAUGAAGAGAGUCUUCCUAAAACACCACGAAACAAAAGUAAAUCAAUAUUUUUAGAAGCCUUUAAUAAAGAAGGCACUAGGCACAAUAAUAAAAAGUCUGAUAUUGCCACACCCGAAUUCGAGGGCGCUGAUGAUUAUGAAAUUGAAGAACACGACAAUGAGCACAAGGAACCAACCACUCAAUCAUCAUCAUCAUCAAACAAAAAAGAAUCCCUAGAGAAUUUUGAUAUUGAAAAAAGAAACGAUGAUGAUGAUAAUGAUGAAAAAGAAGAUGGUUCCAAUGAUGAUGAUUCCCUUUCUCUGGUCAAUGACACCAACGUAAAUUUUAAGCAAACAGUUAAAAAUGAAACAAAUCUCAUUUCGGAGAGUGAUGACAGUAUCGAUAUAGAAUUUGGUCCCAAAAACGAUGUCGAAGUUGUGAAAAAUAUAACUCGAUCGCCGAUAAUGAGAAUAGUUCAAGCUGCUGAAGAGAAGAAAGGUUUUAUCAACACUGACAAAAGUUUCGUCGAUAAAAAAUUGAACAAACACGAGAGUGUGAAGAAUUUUACUAAAAAACUUGAAGCCGAUAUCAGUGGUGACUCGGUUAACGAUGUCGAUUUAAAGAACGAAAAACUUAAAAUUGAUAUAUCUUCUAAUCCACUUCCGUCGACAAAAAUAGAAAUCUCCGCAAAAGCAGAUAUCCCUCUGUUCAAACUAGACAUUUCUCCAUCAAAAAUAGAUGUCUUUUCAACAAACCCCGAACCAUCUCCAACCAAAACAGAAGUCAUACCAUCAAAAACGGAAACUUCGAAAGAAACAGAAAUUGCAAAAACAAACAAAGCUUCAUCAAAAGUAGACAUUCUUUCCCUCAAAACAGACGAUUCCUCUAAAAUUGAUAUCCCUUCGUCAAAUUUAGAUGACCUAUCCGUUGUCUCAUCAACAAAAUUAGAAAUUUCCAAAGUAGAUGCAAAUUCCUUCAAAGAGAACCCAGAAUCCCUAUCCAAAAUAACUUUAAAUUCUUCCUCAAUCGAACUUACACCAAGAAAAGAAACAACCAAAACAAAAGAGUCAAUCGGAAAUUUGUCCGAAUUAGCAAAAACGAACGAAAACGUUAGUCCUGCACCAAGAGCCCGCACAAUCUCCUUCUCAGGGGUAAAUGAAUUUAUACCGGAGAAUAUCGACUCGAAAAUUGUCACGACAAAGUCGUCUAUAAUUGAAAAUCCCGCGACAAAGAGACCAUCAUUUCAUCUUGAUAAAGAAGUCGAUGUGAAACCUUAUCCUUAUCUAAAGACUAAUAUCAAGAAAACAAUCGAUGAAUCGGAGGAGGCAAACAAAGCAUCUGGCUUUGAAAAAAAACUCGAAGAAUCCACCGAGGAAGUAUCGGCUUACGAGAAUACGAUUGGACGUCGAGGAUCUGAUAAGUUAGUUAUAACUGAACCUUCCGUUGUUAUUGAGAACAGCAUCCAGCAAUUUAAACCCACCUACUUCAAAAGGUCAGGCAACUCAACAAAACUCAAUACCACCGUUAGUGAUUUUGGACUCUCAACAACAUCCUCCGGCAGUAUCCAAGAUAAUACAACACCAUCUUAUCCUCCUUCACCAUCCACAAUUAAAUCUACUUUCGAAACAAAAGAAAUCUUCGAAACAAAAACUCCCACAAAGCCAGUCAUCGACAACGAACAAAAAAUUGAUCUCACCGAAAAUGGAAUCACUGAAACUAAUUCUCAAAAAGAUUCUCAAAAAGCUAAUUCGACCAAAAGUAAAGAUGUUACCGACAACAGUAACAAGAUAUUGCAGAAAAGUCAAGAUACUACAGAAAAAGUUAUCGAAAAAGGGUCUGAAAAAGGUUCCGAAAAAGAGUCCGAAAAAGUGACAGACAAAUCAACCGAAAGUCCUAAAAAUUCAAAUUCCGAUUCUCCGAAAAAUGUGGAAACAUCCGAAACUGUCGAGACUACAAAAGUAAACACUCCAUCCAGCGAGGAAAAUUUGAAAUUAAACCUAUACAAUACAAAUGCAACAGAAAAUUAUACGGAGCAUCCAAUAACGAAUAAAAUAGAAGUAGAGAAUAAAAAAAUAAUAACACACAACUUUACCGAAUCUAAUCUCAAGGAACCAGAAAUAUCAAAUACCGAAGCAACGAACGUUCUCUCGACAAUCGAGGCAAAUCUCAACAAGUCACAAGUUCAUGUAAAUAAUGUUAUUUCAACCUCGAUGGAAUUACCCGAAACAACAACAGUCGAGUACGAAUUUGUAGGAUUAAAGGAAACCACUCUCCCCACAGAAGACAUUUAUAGAGAUUCUGAAAGAUCAACAAUUCCCGGUACAACCACAAACACAUACAGACCAACAGAUCCUAAAUCCUCGACAGUUUCCAAUAAAUUAAUAGAAUCCCAUUCUAAUAUUUUCCCCGACUCCAGUAAAUCAACAAUGUCCGAUCAAUCUACCGACACUCUUGAAUCAUCAAAUUCGAACGAGUCAACUCUUUCCGUGAAAGUGACAAAUUCUGAUAAAUCCACAAGUGCUGAUAAAUCUACAAAUGCUGAUAAAUCUACAAACGCUGAUAAAUCUACAAACGCUGAUAAAUCUACAGACUCUGAUAAAUCAACUACCGAAGAGUCAUCAUCAACCCUCUCUUAUAUUCUUCGCGACGGAACAACGGAAACUAUCUCCGAAAUCGAUACCCAAAGUUCAGAAGAGUCAACAACAAUUGAAGAUAUAACAGACAGAAGUGAAUCAACAGUGAAUAAAUUCGCCACAUCUACUGAUAAGUCCUCUGAAGGGAGAUCCACUUCAGAGGAUAAAUCAUCUACUCUAGAAGUUGAACCCGACGAAACGACAAGUUCCCUACUAACUACUUUGAUUCCUAACGAAAAAAUCACCACGGAAUCUGUAGUUUACGAUAGUACAACAAAUAUCCCCGAUGUCGAUACUUCAACUAAUGGCGAAUUGUCAAAAAUAAAUACAACAAGUGUAGACUUUACGGAUGCUAAAUUAACAAGUGAAGCUCCAAUUAAAACAACAAUCGAUCAGCAAUUAACGGUGGCAGAUACAACUGCGAUGCAAACCUCAACUUCUCCACCUAAACCGAGAAUUAUUUCAGUAACUUCCGAGAGUACAAUUUCGAAAUCAAUAACAGAAAGUCCUAUGCCGACUCUUCCGCCUGAAGAAAUUAGAGUCUUUGUUCGAAUUGUUUUUGAAGGUACUUGGAGUGAUGUCUGUCCUCAUUUGGAAUCCAUGAGAGGAAUGAUUGCUAAUCUAUUAACUGCUGGGUCAGACAGAAUUGUUUCGCCCAGACAAGUAAUAUUCUAUCAAACUGAAUGCACUGAAGGAGUAAUGGCCUUGACGUCAAUGUCAUCUUCAGAAACUCCACUAACAGCUCUGCUGAUCUACAUUGUCGACGAAGAUGGAAAUUUCGACGAUUAUCUGACGAAACUUUUGCCAAAUUUAUACAAGGUGUCCAUGCCUACUAUAGAUUUCCCUUUACGAGUACGAAGCUUUCAAUUAGUUCAAGAAACUGAUUCCGGAAAUGCAAUAGCUGUCAUUGUUGUCUCAAGUGUGGCACUUAUUUGCUUAGUUCUCCUCGCAGGACUUCUAUUUAUAAUGAGAAAGAGGCAAACGAGAUUCAAUUAUGGGGAGAGAUGUCGUCCAGUUUCCUUAGACGCUUACAGUUUGGACAGCGUGUCAGCUUAUAACAGUGUUCGACGAAAGGGUGCAAUAAGAGCCUCAAAACGAAGUUACGGAAAUCCAACAUUUGAGGACUCAAGUGCAAUUCCUUCUCAUCCCUUGAAUUUCGCUGGACUCUCAUCAUUUUGCAACGAUGUGAAUGCGAUCUCUGAGGAAUUUACCGGAAUACCUCAAAUCACAGCCAAAAUAGAUGAGCUACCGCAAGGUGCUGAAGUGAAAAAUCGAUACGCGAAUGUAAUUCCACUUCCGGAAACUCGAGUACCACUCCAGAGGCUCAACAACGAUCUACUUACUGAAUACAUCAAUGCUAGUUACGUUCGGGGACCAAAGAAUGCAACGAAAUACUACAUUGCCUGCCAAGCUCCAACAGAGUCUUCGGUUACAGACUUCUGGCGUAUGAUUUGGGAGCAACAAUCUAAAGUUAUUAUCAUGCUUACGGAUCUCGUCGAGAAUGGAGUUGAGAAAUGCUCGGAAUAUAUUCCUCCCUCUGAAGUUACAGAUUGCCAUCGACUUUAUGGCGAUUAUCAAGUUACACUCAAGAAACGAGAAACCAAAGAAAAAUACGCAAUCUCAACCCUUUACUUGAAGAAUCUGGAGAAUAACACAUUCAGGGAAGUGUCGCACAUUUGGUAUCUUUGGCCUUCGAAUGGAAUGCCGGAUUCAGCGAGUUUAAUUGCUGUUCUUUUGGAGGCAAGAGCCCUACAAAGAGGUGGACCAGGACCAAUUGUUGUUCAUUGUAGUCCUGGAACGGGAAGAACGGGGACAUUAAUAGCACUCGACUUAGGAAUCAGACAAUAUGAGAUUACGCGAACAGUGGAUGUUCCACGAGUUGUUUACACGAUCAGAAGGGAUCGUGCUGGAGCUGUGCAAACUAAAGAACAAUACGCUUUUAUUUACAAGGCGCUCAACUUGUACGCGACAAAACUAUCAGGUGGAGCUCUGGAGUCAGCAUAAAUCGAUUUUACAUAUUAAAACUUCCAAACAAAUGAUUUUGAGAUUUUGUAAAAGACGGCCAACAAUACUGUGUGAUACGACAAAGAAGAAAAAGUCCCACCACCACAACAAUUUAUUUUUCUCUUUUUAAAAUAUACGUUACCGAAAGAUUAAAUGGCCCGACUAUAUAAUAAUGUGUGAUAUUCGGAAAUAUUGAUAUUGAGUAUAAAAGGCUAUCGUGAUUAAACUCUUUCUAUAAUUAAGGCUUUAGUGAGUACCAAAAGAGAGAAACUUUUUUUUUUUUUUUUUUAUUGAAGAAAUACUUUUUUUUUGAGAAAUUGAGUUGAUAACACUGAAUUGUAAGUAUAAUGAUUGUUGAAUGUACGUAUGUAAAUUAAUGUAGUAUUGAAGUUUAAGUUUCAUUUUGUUAAAAUCUAGAAGAAUUGAAGACUUUAAUUUCAAUUAAAUUGAAAUUCAUUAUAAAUAUAAAGUAAAAAAAAAUAUAUAGUAAAAAGUAAAAUAAUAUAUUUGUAGGGAAAAGUCUCGUCUUCUAGAUUUUUGUUUCAAAAUGCAGGGUUUGUUAUUUGUUGAUUUUAUGUUUUAAUUAUAGAAUAUAUUGAAAAAAUUGUAGCACAUAUGGCUCUCUGUUAUUUUGUAUAUAUACAUAAUUAUAUUAUUUAGAAAAAAUCGCUAGACAAAUUAUAUAAUCAUUUUUUUGUAAUGUGAAACUCAGUUAUGUUUAGAGCUUAUUUUUUAAGUUUACAUAAUCAAAUACUUGUAUUUCUUUGUAAAACUCAAUACAAAACGAAAUUGCGUUAUACAAAGAAAGAACUAUUCCAUUUUUUUUUAUAAUAUUCACAUAAAUCUUGUCUUUCAUUUUAAUUUUUAUUCACUAUAUUUUCUUAUAUUAAUCCAUCGUAAAAUUCCAAGAGAACAAAAAUUCGAAAAAAGCAGUAGUUAAAUGAGCUAAAAAGCACAAUAAAUCUAUAGACUAGAUUUUUAUUUAUAGAAAAGUUUACUAAAUAUUAAACAAUAUUGAAUAUAUUGCUUACUACGAGAUUAAAUUUUAAAAACGAAAAACUUUUUCCCGAAACAAAUUAGAAGAGAAUUUAAUUUAAUUGUAUUUUUUUUAUAAUUUAAGAUUAAUUUCAAAUGGCUCAACUUUCUCGUAAGUAAUUUUAGAGAAAUCAUAAUAGGUCUCUCAUAAUAAACAAUGAGAAAAAAGAAUUUACAAUGUUCAAUGUUUAAGACUGUUUAAAACUUAUACUAAUUAGUACUAAAAACUAUUUGUUUUUUUUUAAAUGUCUCGGUAUUAUAGAAAAUAGAAAAUAACUGGAGAAAGUAUUGAAAACAAGAAUAAAAAAGUAUUAAAGAAACAGAAUUUUUAAAUAUAAAAUUAUAGAAUAUCAAAAACGAAUAAAUAUAUAAACAUUAUUAGAGGAAUCUAAAAUAUAAAUAUCGCCUCUCUUAUACUCUCUAAAAAAACAAAGUAAAAUUAUCGCUGCGAAAAAAAAUUUUACUCUAAAAACGAAAAAUUUCUGUUUAAAGGAAUAGUGAAUAUUAAAAAUUUUUUAAAUGUAAAUAGAUAUUAUCGAUAAGACGGAAAAAUGCGCUGAAAUCGUCAAUGUAAUCGAAAAAUUGUAACCAUACGAACAAAAAAUCAAUAUUUGAUUUUUAUUAUAUGUCGAUAAAUGUAAAAUGACUAUGAUAAAUAAAGAAAAUUCAAAUUCAA